AGCUGUAGCUCCAUCCAUGGCGAUCGAAGCUGACGGAUCAAAUUCAGACAAGAGCUGCUCUCACUUUCACUUUCGCUUUCACCUUUGCCAGUACACAAACAAGGAACAAAAACGGGAAAAUGAAAGAAAGAUGUCUCGGUUCCUCCUAAUUCAUUCCAUCUCUCUCCUCUCCCUCCAAAAAAAAAUCAAGCUAGAGCGGCCUGCCAUUGCUUCUUCUUCUUCCUGCAGCUAGCGAGCCAAGAACAUGGGUGCGCGGCGGCUGAGCGGCGGCGGCGCAGACACGACGGCGCCGCCGCUGGUGACCCCGGCCGCGGCGGCGGCGUCGGCCGGCGGCACCUUCACGACGACGACGACGAACAACAGUAACAGCAGCGGCGGCGGCAAUGGCGGAAGCUUUGACGCGAACAUGGUGAUCAUCCUGGCGGCGCUGCUGUGCGUCCUGAUCUUCGCUCUCGGGCUCAACUCGCUCGUACGCUGCUGCCUCCACUGCGCCCGCCGCCUCUCUUCUUCGUCCUCAGCUCCGUCUUCUUCUUCUUCUCCGGCGCCGGCGUCGGCGGGGCUGAAGAGGAAGGCGCUGCGGCGGAUCCCGGUGGAGGUCUACGGCGCUUCUAAUGGAGUUACGGCGGAGGGGAGGGCGGCGGCGGCGGAGUGCGCGAUCUGCCUGGGCGAGUUCGCGGGCGGGGAGAAGGUGCGCGUGCUGCCGCGGUGCCGCCAUGGCUUCCACGUCCGCUGCAUCGACGCCUGGCUCGCCGCCCACUCCUCCUGCCCCAACUGCCGUGCAUCCCUCCUGGUUCCUGACCCCGGCGCCGCCGCCGGAGCCGGAGAAGACGGCGCCCGAGGAAGAAGAUGAUGUACUCCGUACUUGAUUUCUUCCUAGGUAGAGGACUAAACCGCAAAGUUCCAUAUUACUCCGUCCUUUGCUUACUAGGGUUGUUGACUUGUUGCUGCCGUCGGUGUGAUUUUGGGUUUUGCAAAGGGUUGUAAGUGUAAAUUACGGCGUUCAAGAUAUCUGUGUGGUGCGCUGUGCAAAAUGCAAAAAGGGGCUGGAAUGCGAAUGUGUGUAGUAGUGUCCUUGUCAUUUCGGGUUUGGAGCAUAUGAGAUAUUUUUUCCAAUUCCUUUUCAGGAUUCUUUUUUGGUCAAUAUAUAUAUAUAUUUGUUUAUUGCGAA